AUGCACAAGAUUUUGAUAGUAGCAGUUCCAAACCAAAAAUGUCCACGACCUCGCGAACAAGGAAAAAAUGUCAAAACGAAGCCGGGGCGACGGCAGGCGACCAUAUAUUUAUUUCGUAGUGACGUAAAGGCACAAGGACAACGAGAUACUAGCACCGUGUGGACAAAACGAACCAAAAAUGUUGCACAAUGGGAAUCUAUUAGGGUAUCUAACGAUGGCCUAUUGUACUAUAAAUAUCGACGACGAGCGCAGUACUCGAGAAGUUCCACCUCCCGCGAGGCACAGCUAAGUCGACUACAUCAACCUGUUGUCAAAAACACUUGUUAUAAUCCUGUUAUACUAGUUUCUAAUAACUCUGUUUAUUACAACUCUUACAGUGCUAAAAACUUCUUGUUCUUCUAUUUCGUCCUAUCAGGUCAAUCGAAUCAGCAUGUUUAUUAUCCUUGUAUACACUUUUUCAUCGAACACCUCUAUCGCAUACUAUCACAACUCGUAGAUCGCAACCCCCUUUUUACAUAAAAAGACUUCCGUCAGAAAAAUGUUAGCACGAUCAGGUUCGACAUAAAUAUACUAGUAUCCCAACCAAUUUUAAAAAUACAACAUUCUAGAUUAGUUUGCCCGCCCAAAUGACCAUGUCUAGCUUGUUUUUCCUUUAGGCUGUACCCAUGUUGACAGUAGACAGGAUGGGUCUUUUUCGACUUAUGCUUAAUAGCUAAAUUCAUCUGAAACGGCACGACAAGGCGAACGCAACAGGUAGGAAAACAAGAAACGACACGUCAAGUAGUAUCUGUAAAACGCAGCGAUCAGUAGCAGAAUCAGGAAACUUAUAGCAGGUGGAUUGAUGUAUGAUGGUGUCUAAAAAUAGCUUAUGCCGUAGAGUCUACUUCUAUCUACUGCUCUUCAAAGCGACCUUUUUCUUUUCAAAUGAACCCCUAGCACUUUUUCUCGCUGAAAAUGUUUCAUGCACGAGAAGAUCAUGAUACCUUGUUUUUAACGUAUUUGUAACAUGAAAAAUCCUGUCACUGUCUUUCUACUAGAAGCUGCUACAUAAACGACGCGCCGGUGCGUCGUUUGGAAGUAGUUUGUUGUGCUGUGAUUCCGCUGUUCGGAUGCAAAUCCUCGCAAUCGUUUCCAUCUGUCGUGUCGUUUCCUCGGUCUGCAUGCAAGAACCUCUCCCGUCUCUCUCUGCGGAGGAAUUUCAUUGUCAUCAUGGAAAAGUCGAAGCCAACUAGGACUAGUUCGGGCCUCGUUUCGACGGAUUUGUCAUUGCACCUGGGUCGUAGUGGUUCACAAGGAUAUCGUUGCGGCAAAAAAAGAACUAGAUAGAAGG